AUAUAUGUAUAUAUAUAUAUAUAUAUACUAUAUUAUGCUCCUGGUUGCCUUUCCACCAGAGCCAAAGCAGAAAGCCUAAACAAGUUACUUUUCCCGUUAAAGUAGACUUCUUUACAAUAAUGGCAGUAUUUGGGUAACACUAGUUCAUAUAACAAUAUUUUUGCAAUUUCAUAUGGUGCCUUUUGAUAGAAAUGACACACUUUGUUUGUAUUCCACUAGUUAAGGAUCAGCUCAUAUUGUUUUUUCAUAGUCUCUCAGUUUCUCUUCAUAGUACCUCAAUAGCUUAGAGCUUUUGUCAGUGUGUCUUAGAAAGUGCCACUGGCCUCAUGGAAGACAAGAGGAAGAAAAGGAGUCCCAAAGUGUCCCUUCCCCAGCCUCCUCCUCCACCAAUCAACCCUCGAAAGCUUACCGUUCUCCCAGCGAGUAAAAGUGCCACAUUCUCAUUGGGUUUACCCCAGCCGCCCUCGCCCAAACCCAGAGGCAAGUACAAGAGAUCGGUGGGGGCAAUGGGUCCGUCUAAAGAAGCUCUCGCUGUUCCUGUGGUUCCCCCCAAAAACACAAGGCCUCACAGAGAGAAACCCAGAGCUCCUCAGCCUGCUGGACCCAGCCGAGUGUCCCAGUCGUCCUCUCCACUCCAGCACUCAUUCCUCACCGACGUCUCUGAUGUGAGAGAGAUGGAGGGAGGACUGCUCAACUUGCUCAAUGACUUUCACUCUGGAAAACUACAGGCUUUUGGUAAGGUGUGCUCCUUUGAGCAGCUAGAGCAUGUGAGGGAGAUGCAGGAACGUCUUGCCCAUCUGCAUUUCAGUCUGGACAGUCAUGUGGAGGAGCUGUCUGAAGACCAGAGAAAAAACGCUUCUGACCGCAAUCUAGAACAUUUGCUUUCUAAUCUGGAAGAAUUGAGCAGCUCAAUACAGAAACUCCACCUGGCAGAAAAUCAAGACUUACCCAAGACCUCCAGCACCUGAAGCGGGAAACCAAAUCCAGCCGACUAUCAAAUCACUGUGCCGACCAAAACCCUAGUUGCCAUGGCUACAACUCAACUACAAGUUACUGAAGCACCAUCAUCGUGAUCUGUGGCUAAUGCAAUGCUAAGUGAUGGCAACAGCUUCAAAGCACAUUCUCCAUAUAAACGAAAUUCAACUGCAAAAAUGGUUGAAAAAAAAAAUUCUUCUUUUUUUAAAUGUUUUGAUCUUAGCAUUGAAAUGUUAAUAAUUUAAAUGGUUUUGAGCCUAAAAGCUAAAUCGCACCCUUUUUGUUGCCAUGUUUAAAGGGAUAGUUCACCCAAAAAAAUGAAAAUCCGUCAUUAAUUACUCACCCUCAUGUCGUUCCAAACACGUAAGACCUUUGUUCAUCUUCGGAACACAUAUUAAGAUAUUUUGAUGAAAUCUGAGAGCUUUCUGACCCUGCGUAGACAGCAAAGGA